UCUUCACGUCUCUCUCUUCAUAUUUCGCGACCUCCUUCUCGAUUUCCAUCCGAAAGACGCGAAGAAAAGUCGCAUCUCAGAAACCGCAGCGAACCUUCCCUUGCCGUCACUCGGCACAGCACGAAACAUCGCUCCCUUUCUCUCUCUCCCUCUCUCUCUCUGGAAAUUUUCCAUUCAGUGGUUCGAAUUCCGCAUGAUGUCACGGGGAAAGAUUCUCGAUUUGCGUCUGUUGCGUGGUUAGGUCGAAGCUCUUUAUGUCAUUGGCCGCAGUCCCGAUGGGCAAUUAGGGUUUUGAGGUUGCGGUGUUGGGGAUUCUUUAGCUUCAUGGUUUGAUUCCGAUGUUGAUGAUGGACGAUACUUUUGAUUUCUUGGGCGGCGACGGGGAUUCGGAUGAGCCGUCAAUAGAUCUCGACGCGUUGUACAAUAUCCUUGAAGAAGAUCUUGAUCCUCCUCAGAGUAUUUCUGAGGAUUUAUCAUUUAAGAAUGUGCCACAUGGUGAGUCAGUUGCCGAUGUUGGCAACCAGCAGAAUUCCCCUCUUCAAAACGGAUUUCGGGAGUUUGGAGUGGCACAAUCGUCGGGGGCUGAGUUACAGGGCUCUUUUGCAUGUUUACCUCCAGGCAAUUCUGAAGCUGCAGCUUCUAGGGUGGGGGGAUCAGAUGGUUCAUUUGAGUCUGCGGGGAACUCUACUCUCUUAGACCAUGGAAAUCGGGAGCUUUCAUCACAGAUUGGUUCUUCUAUGCAUGGCUACCCUGGGGGUUUUAAGGACUGUCUACCUGUAGUUCCGGGACAAGACCCUUGCUACCCAUUCGGUGGAGCUCCUCAGAAUCUCCCACUGUAUAGCAGAAAUGAUAGUACAGAAAGACAAUAUAACCUACCUAAUUUCAAUACGAUAUUUUGCUCUAGUGCAGGAAAUGCUAACCAAUUUUCGGAUUAUACUGAAAAUAGGAACCAUGAUUGCUUUGAUAGUGAUGGUGAAUUUCAGCUCAAGCCCGUGGAAGGGGAUGCACAUGCCAAAUAUUUUUUACGCAGCCCGAUUAUAGAGACUUCAGAUGUAAAUUUUGAAAAGCAUGGUGUUUUAAGCGAAUAUAGCAUGGGAUCUUUUGGAGCACCGGAAAGGUAUUCAUGUACAUCUAUGGAGCUAUCCAUUAUGGAUUUUGAUUGUUCUUCACCAAGUGCAAUUCAUACCCAGUCUGGUAUCUGUCAGAUUUCUGAUGGCUUGUGUGAAACUAGUAACAACCAUUAUUCAGCUGUGCAGUAUGGCAUGGGUGAUAAUGGUAAUCAUCUGACUGAUCCUGCAGGGCAAUACCUGUGUGGUGUUAAUCUUCAAUUUAUUCCAAAUAAUGAGGAAACUAUGAUUGACAUAAAGAAUGAAAAGGAAUCUUUAACUGAGAACUCAUUGUUUCCCUGUGAUAUGCAAUCGUCAGCCCAUGUAGGAAGAGCAUGUUGUUCUGUGUCAGACUUGUCUGGAAUUGAUUGUUGUGAUGCAAAGGGAUUCAACAUUAAAUGUCAAGGUGGUAGUGAUGUUUCACCAAGCAGUGUAAAUUCAUCUUCCAAUGCCAACGGUAAGUUGAUUGAUGAGAAGGCAUCAACACAGGCAAUUACUUGUUCUCAGCCAUAUAUUCCAACCAAAAAGCAAGUAACUGGCAUAAAGGAAGAGAGAAAAUGUGAUCUUGUUGAACCUGAGAAGCUCAUGUGUCAGUCUGUUGAUGCAAGUGAUCAAGCUGUCAUUAGAAAAUUCUCUCCCAGUGUGGUCGACACUUGCGCUGACAAAGGGUUUGGACCUCCAAAGUGGGGUGUCUACAAAGACUCUAAACUGCCAUUACAUGACAUUCUGCCUUCCAAGUCAAGUAUGAAGCAUGUGGUUCGCACAAAGAUUGGAAAAGAGUCAUUCCUUGCAUCUGAGGGAGAAACUAACUGUGUAAAUUUCACUGAUGGAAAUUUGGAGACAAGUGCUUCUGGUCUACACCAAUCUCUGCCAUUCAAUGUAAACAGUCAGUUGGAUUACAUAAAGGAUGAAAGAGAGGGUAAACUGAAUCAACCUAAAAGCAUGGGUUCUCAUAUGUCAAAAAUCAGUUCUGAGUCAAUUCACAGUAAUUCCUUGGCUCACAAAUCCCAUGUAGAUGAUGACAGUGAUAUAUGUAUUCUUGAAGACAUAAGUCAACCUCCACGCUUGAAUCCGUGCAGAAAAUCCCUUGUUACUCCACAACGGCCCUCAUUUAAUGAACCCCUUCAUCAUAUGGGUGUGGGAGGCAUGAGGCUCAAGGCAAAUGAUGAGCGAUUAAUACUUCGAGUUGCUUUGCAGGAUCUUUCUCAGCCAAAAUCAGAAACUAGCCCGCCAGAUGGUGCCUUGACUGUUCCUCUUUUGAGACACCAGCGUAUUGCUUUAUCAUGGAUGGUACAAAAGGAGACUGGCAGCGUGCACUGCUCAGGAGGAAUACUUGCUGAUGAUCAGGGUUUGGGGAAGACUAUAUCAACUAUUGCACUCAUACUCAAGGAAAGGCCUCCAUCUUUGAGAGUUUGUGAAAAAGAUAUGAAACAAAGUGAACUGGAAACACUAAAUUUGGAUGAGGAUGAUGGAAUUCUUGAUAUUGAUGGAUCAAAGCAAGAGGCUGAUUCAUGUCAAGCUAUGUCAAAUGGAAGUCCGGUGAAGAGCAGGAAUGCUUUUGUGAGAGCAAAAGGAAGGCCAGCUGCAGGAACCCUUGUUGUUUGUCCUACGAGUGUCCUCCGCCAGUGGGCUGAUGAGUUGCAUAAUAAGGUGACCAGUGAAGCCAAUCUCUCUGUUCUUGUAUAUCACGGAAGCAAUCGUCCAAAGGAUCCCUGUGAACUGGCCAAGUAUGAUGUUGUUCUUACGACUUAUUCAAUUGUGAGCUUGGAGGUCCCUAAACAGCCUCUAGUUGACAAAGAGGAUGAUGAGAAGGGAAGGUCUGAAGCUGAUCUUGUUUCGCCUAUGGGACUUUCUUCAACAAAGAAAAGGAAAUACCCUCCAAGUUCUGAUAAAAGAUGUUUGAAGGGUAAGAAGGGAGUAGACAGUGCAUUCCUUGAGUCGGUUGCCCGUCCUCUUGCAAGGGUUGGAUGGUUUAGAGUUGUCCUGGAUGAGGCACAGAGCAUCAAGAAUCACAGAACUCAAGUAGCUAGAGCAUGUUGGGGUCUUCGUGCCAAGCGCAGGUGGUGUUUGUCUGGGACUCCUAUCCAAAAUGCUGUUGAUGAUCUUUAUAGCUACUUCAGAUUUCUCAGAUAUGAUCCAUACGCUGUGUAUAAGUCAUUUUGCUCUUCAAUAAAGGUUCCAAUUAAUAGGAAUCCAGCAAAUGGUUAUAGAAAGCUUCAAGCUGUGCUGAAAACGAUAAUGCUACGGCGCACAAAAGGCACACUUCUUGAUGGGGAGCCAAUUAUUACCUUACCACCCAAAUCGGUAGAACUGAAAAAAGUAGAUUUUUCAAAAGAGGAACGGGAUUUCUACUCCAGAUUGGAGGCUGAUUCGCGCGCUCAGUUUGAAGUUUAUGCAGCUGCUGGAACUGUGAAACAAAAUUAUGUUAACAUAUUGUUGAUGCUCUUGCGUCUUCGACAAGCUUGUGAUCACCCUUUUCUUGUUAAGGGAUAUGAUUCAAACGCUGUGUGGAAAUCCUCUGUUGACUCUGCAAGGAAUCUUCCUCAGGGGAGACAAAUUGAUCUUUUGCAUUGCUUAGAAGCAUCUUUGGCGAUUUGUGGCAAAUGCAAUGAUCCACCCGAAGAUGCUGUUGUUUCCAUCUGUGGUCAUGUUUUCUGCAAUCAGUGCAUUUCUGAACAUCUAAAUGGCGAUGACAAACACUGCCCUGCUGUGAACUGCAAAGCUCAACUGAAUGCAUCUUCUGUGUUUACAAAAGCCACAUUGAACAGUUCUCUCUCUGAUCAGUCUUCUCUUUCUGAUCAUUCCUGUCCGAAUAAUUCUCUCCAUUGUUCUGGUUCCGAAUAUGUUGAGGCACUAGAACCUUGUUCUGAUGGCCGCUCUUUUGACUCUUCUAAAAUUAAGGCUGCUCUUGAGGUCUUGGAAUCACUUUCUAAGCCACGGGAUAGUAGAGUGAGGGUUAGUUCCUUGAAAUCUUCUGAUGGAACUGCCAGUUGUCCUCAAAAUUUGUCUGAUCUUCAUUCAGUGGAAUUACUUGAGGAUAUGCCUGUUAGAGAAAAUUGGGUUGUGGACAAAGGGUUGAAUAAUACAAUAUCUGUAGCAGGAGAGAAAGCAAUAGUUUUCUCUCAAUGGACACGGAUGCUUGAUUUGCUUGAAGCUAAUCUUAAAGAUUCUUCCAUUCAGUACAGAAGGCUUGAUGGAACAAUGUCUAUUGUUGCUAGGGAUAAAGCUGUGAAAGACUUCAACACCCUCCCUGAGGUGUCUGUUAUGAUUAUGUCUUUGAAAGCUGCAAGUCUUGGACUGAACAUGGUUGCGGCUUGCCAUGUUCUUCUGCUGGAUCUCUGGUGGAAUCCUACAACUGAAGAUCAAGCAAUUGAUAGAGCACAUCGAAUUGGGCAGACUCGUCCUGUUACUGUUGUGCGGUUGACUGUGAAAGACACAGUUGAAGAUCGCAUUUUGGCCCUUCAGCAAAAGAAGAGGGAGAUGGUUGCAUCUGCAUUUGGAGAGGAUGAGACAGGCAGUCGUCAGACUCGACUUACAGUGGACGACUUGAAAUACCUGUUUAUGGCUUGACUGGGAUGUUUUGGUGCAAGGUUCUCCAGAUAUUUGCUCACUAACCAGGGUGUUCUCUCUCGGCGGUGGUCGAUUUGUUACUGGCACUGGCAGGAAGCCUAUAGCUGAAGCAUAUUGCUAAUCGAGGAGUAGCAAUUCAUGUGAAUAUUCCUUUGAGAAUACACAGGAUUUAUUGUUUUUGAUUUUGAUUUUUUGGGGGGUUGGUUUUUGUUCCUUGGCGGGGGGGUUUUUGUGGGCGAUCUCAUUUUUUGGGCAUGUAUUUUUUGGAUGGGUGGGGAAGGGUGGAAUGGGGGUUAGCAAUUCAUAUAUUUUUGUAGCUGAAUUACAUUUUGUAUAGGAAUGCCAGAUAAAAACAGCCCACAGCAAGAAAUGAUACAUAUAGAGUUCAAUGGAAAUUCUUUUAGGUGUUGGAAAUGUAAGUGUAUUUAUUUAUUUACGGUAGAAAAAUGACAGUUGCUGCUGUUCUUUUUACUAGAGAUGGAAUAUUAUUUUAGUGAAAAUUUUAACUAUAUUAUUC